UUGUGAAUUUACCCGAAUUUCUCCCCUUGUUGGACAUGGCGUCUUUAAGAAGUCUGAUUGUUGCGCUGCUGAUGGCGCUGCUCUGCUCCUUCCACGCCCCGUCGGCUCCUGCGGCCAGAGCGCAAGAUUUGCCGUUCCGCUCUGAGCCAGGCCUGGUGGCCGACGACGAUGAUGAUGGAGAUGAGGAUGAUGACGACGAUGAUGACGACGAUGAUGAUGAUGACGACGAAGACGACGAUGAUGAUGACGAUGAUGACGACGACGAUGAUGAUGACGACGAUGAAGACGACGAUGAUGAUGACGAUGAUGACGACGACGAUGAUGAUGACGACGAUGAAGACGACAAUGAUGAUGACGACGACGACGAUCAUGAAGACGACGACGACGAUGAUGACGAUGAUGACGGUGAUGACGACGAAGAUGAUGACGCCGAUGGUGAUGAUAAUGACGACAACAACAAAGAUGGCGAUCAUGAUGACGCCGAUGGUGAUAAUGACGACGAUGAUGACGACAACGACGAUAACAACAACAAAGAUGGCGAUCAUGAUGACGACAACGACGAUAACAACAACAAAGAUGGCGAUCAUGAUGAUGAUGACGACGGCAAGUACCACAGGGGCUCUGUCUGCGCCUACUGCGAAAUCUGCGAGCACUGCGACAGCUGCAAUAAAUGUCCUUGUGAAGAAGGAGACACGUCGGAACACUGCGAUGACUGCAAGAUGUGCAGUUUCUGCCACGUGUGUCCCGCAUGUCGAACUCUUUGCCAAGCCGGAGGCUUCCUUGACAAAGUGACCGGGUCAAUCUACAAGACCGUCGCCGAUGUCUUUGAGGAGGAUGUCGACAACAACUGACAGCUGCCCUCUUGUGGCUAAUUGAAGUGUCAUCUUCACUUCUGAAUGCUUUUUUUGGGGGGGCGGGGGGUGUCACUUACUCGGGAACCUCACUGGUGCCUUAACAGAAAUUGUGAAUGUUCAUACUGUAUUCGAUAUCGUCGUUGGCGGCCAUUUUAUCAGAAAUGGUUACAACAAACUAUAACGUACAAAUUCGCGACGUCGCUCGAGGUACUUUGUAAUGACCUUUGACUGCGUGUGUUCCGUUUAUUACUUGGAGCACUCAAAUAUCUGGUGAUGUGUUGAACAGUGAAAAAUGGAAGGCCGCUGUUGAAAUUCAACUUUAUGAAACAGGCUUAAAGUCAGCCAAUAAAGCAAUUCUACAUCGUUUGUAUUGUCUCGUUAAUUUCAAGGUGUCAAGGCAAACACACUUUUCAUUUUUUUGUGUAGUUUCUGUUUUUGGGCCGCUGAAAAAUGGAGGACGGGCCAUUUCAUGUUCGGUUAUAUUGUGAAACGUCAACGCUCACGUGACCACAGCGGUACAAAGAUGCAACCAGCAGAGGACACCAGAGGACAGUCUUCAACAUGGCAUAGCAAAGUAGAGGCUUCGCGUGUGCGUGUGCGCGUGCGUGAGAGUGACAAUCAAGUCUCGUUUCAUGGUUUUGCCACUUGGGUGUCUUGACCAAAACCUGUUUGGCGAGCGGGAGUCCCAAACCACGUGGCUUGUCCUUGUCAGGAUUGAAGCACUCAUCAAGAGGUACAGUAGCACAGUCGACACGGCGGCGAUGUUGACAGCCGAGCGAGGCUCGUCGCGUGAGAAGCUUUGAGGAAGUGGCUGCUGAGAACGCCGCAGCAGCCGCAGCCGCAGCCCUGCGGCAAUCGGCGUCAUCGCCCCCUCGCCCGUCGUUUACCUCCACUGCAUUUUGGUCACGCGGGCUGGUGGUUCUCGACCUGUUUUUCAGCGACAUCCCACCCGUGAAAUCUCUUUUUCAGCCCAGUAGCCCCCGCCCCCUUAUAACCAGCAUAGAGGACAAUGUUGUGUCGUUCUUGUCUGCAACUGUGCCGUCGUUUCUCUUGAACGAAAUACUGUAAAAAGAGAGAACCAACAACAAUGUGUGCACGUAAAAUGAUCAACACAAAUGUCUCCCCCCCCCCCCCCGGAAGCAGAGUAAAGAAAUUUCAAAUCAAGUUUUCAAGUGAUUGACAGCUGAUGCCGCAAAAUGGAAUCGCCUACAGAAUAUCAAAUCAUUUCCUGAAAAGUUUACAAAGUUCAACAGUAAAGUUUUUUUUUUUUGAAACCUCACAUAGCCCCUGCAGCGCCUUCUCCUUCCGCCAGAGCUAAACGUUGCUUUCUGACAAAGAUUUGGUCUAGAUGGGGGGGAUAGCCUCCUCCCGCAAAGGUCGCGCUGGGUCAUGCGCGAGCAGUGGAACUGCAAAACAAGUUCAAGUGUCAGGAUGGCGGCGCGUGUGUGUGUGUGAAUUGUGUCUGGGGUCCGGUGAGUGAAGCGUGAUGGCAGAGAGCACUUGGUGAAACGCACAUUUUGAAAGGCGUCGGGAUUAUCGAAAGAUACAAAAUCCAGUCAUCUGUUCAUAAGCAGCAUUGAGACCUUGUUCCACAACACACACACACACAUAGGCCGUGCCCAGCAACUGACCGUAAUCCCGAUUGACGGCUCGCCUUCACGCUUGAACACACCCCGACUUUCAAAAUGGAUGCGGAAGGAGUGUUUUGCGCACACCCCAACUAAAUGGAGUCUCGGUCGAGUGCAGCUGAGAAGAGCAAAUGUGAACCGGGGAACUAUUAGGAGGUGGUGGCCCACCAGAUGCCCAAGCAGAACCAUGUGGACACAACUCACGAUGGGAGCGACGACAAUGCGCUAAAGUGUCAAAGCCCGUAUUGGCGCGUGCAUCGCUUUAACAAAACAUCAUGUGACCAAUACAGGAAGUGUAUCGUUUGGAUGCGCCGCGCCAAAUUGUGCCUACUGUAGAAGGAAACAAACCGCCGAGCCGGCUAACGAACGGAUGUCACCGUAAUGGCGUGUCUCCAUGUCGUUGCCGUGCCUGCCACCGUGCGACCUUUCUGCCGAGGCUCCGGGGGGGGGAGGGGGGGGGCAAAAGCCAUUUCGCUAAUCGUAUUCUUCUUUACGGCUUUCCGUGUAACCUUGAAGCUAUGCGAUAUAGUGACGGAUCGUGGCGUUUUUUGACACCCCCCCCCCCCCCCGCUCCCAAUGGUACCGCAAUAGAGAUGGCUCCCGUGGAUACGACUGCACGCAAUCAGACCGAAUGGACUCCUGUUCUUCUGAGAUCUUUUCUCGGUCCACAACGCGAGUGCCAAAGCAGGAAGCUAUCCGUCAUGGACGCGGCGGCCAUUAGCCCAAAGACAUUAGCCGCGGCCACCGUCACAGCUAUUAACUUCUCCUUCGGCUAAAAGGCAACCGUCCCUCACAAAAAAAAAAUGACUGUGGGUAGGCGAUGUCUUCCUAAAUCAUCCAGUAAGCACAAAGUGGUCCAAACAAUUUUUGUGUCUACGAUUGAAGCCGAAUUUGGCUUCUAAAGUCUGCGUCGCCCGUUACGCAAAAGUACGAAACAAUUAACGCGACGAUCCGCAAAGCUGCGUUCAUACUUUGAGGAAUUUGGAUUCUUUUCGCCCAUCCCCGAGUGAGCCGCAGAAUGGCAGGCGCACACGCCAGCUCCCAGAAAAAGCCGACACGCGGGGCUGGAUGUCAACGGGAUUAUUUGGGAGCGCGCGUGGGUCGGGCCUUCGCUAUGUAGGCCAGGGGGAGAAAAAACACGCGGCGAGCGAGGCAUGUGCCUGGAUUGUUAAUAAUUCAGCGUCUUUUUUUUUAUCUGCCUCCGUCUUGCAUGGAUGACGCAGACUUGAACAGAAACAGGGGGG